AUGAAUCCCCAGUACUUACCACCGGGCCAAAAUAAUAAUGCUCCCAAUAAUCCUAUGGGAUUUCAACCUACUUCUCAAGAUUAUAAUGGAGUACAAAAUGCCAACAUGUAUAGCCAAAUGCCACCAAAUGGUCCACAAAUGCCUAUGAAGCAGUUGGACCAAAGUGAUAUGUCACAGAAAAUGCAGAAUAUGAAUUUAAAUGGGCCUCAAGGUAUCCCCUCUUCUCAGUUGCCACCUGGACAGUAUCCUCCUGGUGCUAAUUUUCCACCUAAUUCAAACUUUGGUGCUGGCCAGCUACCUCAAAACAUGAGGCCACCAGUUUCAAUGGCGGGAAGACCACCUGCAAGCGGAACUCCUCAAUUUCCUCCCCAAAUGCAAACCCCAUCAUCCACAUUAGGUCCUACUUCCCAGCCCCAAGGAUUUAAUCAAAUGUCUGCUCAGGAUCAAAACCGGCAAUUCCAAGGGCCACCCCCGUCAAUGUCCAUGCAGCAAGGACCACCCACAUCAACCACUGUACAGCAAGGACCACCCACAUCAAUGCCUAUGCAGCAAGGACCACCCACAUCAAUGCCUAUGCAGCAAGGACCACCCACAUCAAUGCCUAUGCAGCAAGGACCACCCACAUCAAUGCCUAUGCAGCAAGGACCACCCACAUCAAUGCCAAUGCAGCAAGGACCACCUAAGCCAAUGGCAUCUCAAUCGGGUCCUCCAUCAAACCAGCCUGGAGGUCCUCCAUCGCAAAUGCCACAGAUGCCUCCUCAUUCCCAACCUGGAUUUCCACCUCAAUCUGGCAUGAUGGGAAGACCUUUUGACUCCCAAACAGACCAAUCAAAACAUCCACAAUCACAUAUGGGUGGUUUCCCUACAGGAAUGCAGUCACAACCAAAUCAACCAGGCUUACCUCAGCCUGGAUUAGGUCAGCCAGGAUUACCUCCUCCUUCAAAUCAGCCAGGUGUUCAUUCACAACAAAAUGUCCAACAACCUCAAAUGCGUCAACCAGGUCCGCCAUCACAAGGACAGCAAGGCUUACCUCCACAACCUGUGCCGGGGUAUCAAGGACAGGCACGAGGUCCCAUGCCUGGAAUACCCCCACAACCGGGAACUAUGCCCAGUCAAUCAGGGCCUGGCCAACAGAUGGGACAUGGACAAAUGCCUCCACACUCGCAAUCUAGUCUUCCACCUCAACCUGGUGGCAUGCCUCCUCAGUCUGGUAUGCCUCAACAAAUUCCCUCCUCUCAAUCCCAAUUCCCCUCCAUGCCUGGUCUCCCACAUAUGCCACCACCAUUAUCACAACAACGGAAUCAACAAGGGGGAGCAUAUGCUCCAACUGGACCCCCUGGACCACCCACUAGCACUCAAUAUGGAGCCAUGCCUCCAAUGCCUGGACAGCAGCCUAUGCAAGGACAACAGCCUAUGCCAGGACAACAACCAAUGCCUGGUCAACCCCCAAUGCCAGGUCAACCACCAAUGCAUAGUCAACCACCAAUGCCAGGCCAACCACCAAUGUCAGGUCAACCACCGAUGCCAGGCCAACAUCCAAUGCCAGGCCAACCACCUAUGCCAGUUCAACCUCCAAUGCCAGGCCAACCUCAAGGAUACCAACAGCAGUCUGGCUAUCCACCAUUUCCUGCACAACAGCCAAGUUACCCUGGCCAGCAGUUUCAACAACCUCAACAAAGACGUCUUGAUCCAGAUCAGAUGCCAAGCCCAAUUCAAGUUAUGGCAGACGAUCAGCAGAACCGCGGUGGUGUGUUUGUUACCAACGAGAAGGGCUUAGUGCCGCCACUCGUGACUACUGAUUUCCUUGUCGACGACAAGGGCAAUGCAAGUCCCCGUUACAUUAGGAGCUCCAUGUACAGUGUCCCAGUCACUGCAGACCUUCUUAAGCAGACCUCCAUGCCUUUCUGUUUGGUUAUCUCACCCAUGGCGGAGACGGUAGGUUCAGAACAAGAACCACCAUUAUUGGACUUUGCAGCGCUAACAGGCUCUCCUACUAUGGGCCCCGUACGUUGCUGUCGGUGUAAGGCCUACAUGUGCCCCAAUAUGAAGUUUAUUGAUGCUGGCAGACAUUUCAAGUGUGCCUUCUGCAAAGCCACUACUGAAGUGCCUAUGGAAUACACGCAGUAUAUAAACAGCAUGCAACAAUAUGGACGCGUUCCCGCCGAAAUGGCGCUUGGGACUUACGAAAUUGUCGCCACUAAAGAAUAUUGCAGGAAUAAUAAGCUUCCAAACCCGCCGGCUAUAGUGUUUGUAAUCGACGUCUCAUACAACGCCAUCAAGAACGGGCUGUUGCAGACAGUGUGUGACAACAUCAUGGACUUUAUAGAGGCCAUGCCGAAAGACGAGCAGACGGGUAAAAGUGUGACACGCGUUGGCUUCAUCACAUACAGUUCCACAGUGCAUUUCUAUAAUAUUAAGGGAACAUUGUCACAGCCGCAAAUGAUGUCUGUGGGAGAUGUUGGGGACAUGUUUGUGCCACUCCUCGAAGGUUUCCUGGUGCUGCCUGAAGAGAGUGGUCCAGUGCUGGAAGCAUUGCUGCAGCAGUUGCCCGCCAUGUUCAGGGACAACAAGGAGACGGAGACCAUUUUGUUACCCGCUGUACAGGCUGGUUUAGAAGCUCUGAAAGCAGCAGACACGUCAGGCCAGCUGUUGGUCUUCCACACUACCCUGCCGACUUACAACGCUCCCGGCAAGCUCAUCAAUAGGGAGGAUAGAAAGUUGCUUGGCACAGAUAAGGAGAAACAAAUACUGAUGCCGCAGACGACGGCGUACAACGAGCUGGGGCAGGCGUGCUCGGCGGCGGGCGUGUGCGUGCACGUGUUCGCGUGCUGCAACGCGUACGCGGACGCCGCCACCGUGGGCCAGCUGCCGCGCCUCACCGGCGGACAGUACUACAAGUACACCUACUUCACUGUUAAGACGGACGGCGCGCGGCUGGCGUGGGACGUGCGGCGCGCCGUGUCGCGCGCGACGGCGUACGAUGCAGUGAUGCGCGUGCGCACCUCCACCGGCGUGCGCGCCACCGAUUUCUUCGGACACUUCUUCAUGUCCAACACCACCGAUGUCGAGCUGGCCGCCAUCGAUGCGGACAAGGCAAUCGGUGUGGAGAUCAAACACGACGACAAACUAACGGGCGAGGACGGUGUCUACAUCCAAGCGGCGCUGCUCUACACAAGACGGUGUGGACAAAGAAGGCUCCGUAUUAUAAAUCUCGCGCUGAACGUGGCCCAUCAACUGGCUGAUGUGUACCGAAGUGCCGAGUUGGAUACCACAAUCGCCUUCCUCAUGAAACAAGCGGUGUGGGCGCUGCGCGAGGCGGCGCCGCGGCAGGUGCGCGAGGGGCUGUCGGCGCGGUGCGCGCGCUGCCUGGCCGCCUACCGCCGCCACUGCGCCUCGCCCUCCUCCGCCGGACAGCUGGUGCUGCCCGAGUCCAUGAAGCUGCUGCCGCUCUACACCAGCUGCCUGCUGCGUUCCGACGCCAUCGCCGGCGGAGCGGACGUGACGUGCGACGAGCGGUCGUGCGCGAUGUACCGCGCGCUGUCGUGCGACGUGGCGCUGGCGCUGGCCUACACGUACCCGCGCCUGCUGGCCGUGCACUCGGCCAGCCUGGUGUCGGCCGCCAGCGCCAGCAGCGGCAACAUCGCCUCCGCCCUCACGCCGCUGCGGGCCUCCAUCGACAAGAUGACCGACCACGGCGUCUAUCUGCUCGAAAACGGUGUGCACAUGUUGCUUUGGAUCGGGUCGCUGGCGCCGAGCGCGUUCAUCCGCGACGUGUUCGGCGUGGAGUCGGCGCAGCACGUGGACACGCAGGUGUGCGAGCUGCCGCGCCUCGACACGCCCGCCAGCGCCGCGCUGCGCGCGCUGCUGCACGAGCUGCGCGUCAAACGACGCCAAGCCAUGAGGUUAACAUUGAUGCGUCAACACGACAAACUGGAAACUGUGCUCCGGCACUUCCUGGUUGAAGACCGCGGCGUAGACGGCAGCUCCUCGUAUGUGGACUACCUCUGCCAUAUUCACAAGGAGAUCCGUGCGCUGCUAUAG